AUGAAAAUCUUCAAGCAAUACCUUGAUAAUGCAUCCAUUGAAACACCAAAGGUCGGGAAACUGAAAAACCACACCACCACCCCAAUGCCCCCCAUCACCACCAUCGCCGUCGCCGGCGCCUCCGGCGCCCUAGGUACACCCCUCGUCCACGCCCUCCUCGCCGCCAACUUCCAAGUCACAGCCCUCACCCGCCUGGACUCCCAAAGCACACACCCCCCAGGCGUCAAAGUCGCCCGCGUCGACUACACCUCGCACUCCAGCCUCUCAGCCGCACUCACCGGCCACGACGCCCUAGUCGUCACGCUCACGCCCAGCGCCUCCGGCGACCAGGACCCCAUCAUGCGCGCCGCAAUCGCCGCAGGCGUAUACCGGAUCAUCCCCUCGGAGUUCGGCGGCGACAUGCUACACCCGCGCGUGCGCACGCUGCCGGUUUUCAAGGGGAAGCGCGACACGCAGACUCUAGUGCGGCGGCUGUGCGCGGAGAGUCGGGGGACGACGACGUUCACGCUUGUGUUUAACAAUUUGUUCCUGGACUGGGGGAUUGAGCUAGGACUCGCGAUAGAUUUGGCGGGGAAGAAGAUGGAGUUCGUGGAUGGGGGGGAGAGGUACUUCACCGCUGCGCCGCUGGAGUUUAUCGCGCGGGGCGUGGUGGCGAUCCUGCAGCGGCCGGAGGAGACUGCGGAUCGAGCGAUUCGGUUGUCCGGGGUGCGGAUGACGCAGAAGCAGCUGCUGCGGAUUGCGAAGAAGGUUGUAGGCGAGGAGGGGUGGACGGUGACGCAUAUCGAGAGCGAGGAGCUCAAGCGGAGGGGCUAUGAAGGGUACAGGCGGAGUACUUCGUUCGGCGGGUCGUGGGUGUUUGAUCUGGUCAAGUUUACGCUGCAUGCUGAUGGGUACGCGGGAGAUUUUGCGGGGAAGGAGGAUAAUGAGUUGCUGGGGCUGGAGGAGUUGGACGAGGAGGAGGUGGAGGAGAUGAUGAGGAGAGGGGUAUCCUUUAACACCAGCUACUAUGGCCUGUGA